GACCGGAGACUGAGAUCGACAAAAAUUGAGAUCAAGGCCAAAGAAACCGACAUCAUGGCAGAAUCCCCAGUCCAAGAGACAUUCGUUGUCAAUAGGGAGGAACUUGCCACUCAGAACAAACAGCGUCCGGCAUGUACGGAAUGCCAGCGUAGGAAGCAAAAGUGCAACCGCGAAUGGCCCUGUGUCCACUGUUUGAAGCGCAAGGUCGCCGACCAGUGCCGCUUCAACCACGUCGAGUCCGCCGAAAAGGCGGCUUUUAACGUCAAGAAAAAGCGGCACCUCAGUGACGAAAGUGAGAGCCCUGGCACUGUCAAUGGGACUGGCGCUGGCACUGGCCACGGCGGAUCUGUCGGUCGGGGCGAGACUUUGACGCAAGAAGAAGCGUCUGGCUUCAAGGAACUGGGCUACAUGCCCUCCCAUCGUCUCUACCGCCUAGCCCUGAAUGACGACGAAGCCGAAGGCGGCCAGAAGUACAAUGGCGACCCAUCCAGAACCGUGUUGGCUCAGUUGACACGAGCCCUCACGGCUCUUCCCCCGCGGCCCUACACCGACAUCCUCGUUCAGACUUUCAAGGACAAUGUCAACUUCCACUACUACAUCCUCUACCCACCCGCCUUCCUCGAUCAGUACCGCUGCUGGUGGGCCGACCGUAUCGCCAAAAAGCCCCUGGAUCUGUCCUGGACGUGCCUGCUGCUCAUCGUCUGCGCCUGUACCGCCCAGUAUCUCGACGCGGAGACGCAAGAGCAGCUCGAGUCUGACCUAGGUGAGACGCCUCAGAACCUGACGAAUCGCUACCAGGCAGCCGCCCUGGAGCUUGGCAGCGUCGUGCCCUCCAGCGACAAGAACUUGGAGUACGUCCAGUAUCUACUGCACAUGUGCUACUGGUACAAGUCGGAGGCUCGCUUUGUUGAGUGUUGGCACACGCUCAACUCUGCUAUUCGUGAGGCCCAGGAACUGGGUAUUCACCGCGAGGAGGUCACCAGUCUUCUUCCCGAGUUUGAUCGGGAGAUGAGGAGACGUGUUUGGUGCAUCCUAGACACUUGGGACUGGCAAAUCUCCGGCUGUCUCGCUCGUCCCAUGAUCAUCGACAGGGACGAGUGCGACGUCGAGCUGCCCAGCCUCGCCCUGGAAAAGGACUGGCCGUCGCCCAUCCUGCACAUGAAGCUCCAGUCGAAGCUCAUCGGCCAGCUGUCAAAGAAAUACGGCAAGGCCGUAAAUCUCAUGGUCGCCACGCCUGCAGGCGCCCAAGAGUAUCGCCAACACCUCGAAAAUUGGCGCGCAACCUUCCCACCUCGAUACGACGGCGACAAGCCCGACAACUCGAUGGACAAGGACCACCCGUGGCUAAUACUGCACCGCCACUACCUCCAAACCAUGUCCUUGCUCAUGACCCUCGACCCUUUCAAGUCCUUCCUCACCCGGACGCCCGCGAAAGACGCAUCACAGGCCUGGAUGGAGGCCCGCAGAACUGGUAUCGACUACUGUUUAAAGCUGAUGAGCGCCCUCAGCGACUUCUUCACGCACCUUUACCCCCGAGACGCCAAGUUCCACUUUAUCCUCUUCUGCAUCUUCGACGUCUCGGCAAUCCUGUGUUCUGCCGUCCUUCACGACGAAGAGGGCGACCUCCCCCGCCGCAGCGAGGUGUACGAGAGCAUCACUUUGGCAGCCGACAUACUCUCCCAGCUCAACAGCGUCACCAAGUCGGCCAGAACCUGUCACGCGGUGCUCCAGAAGCUCAAGGCCAGACUACCGGACCGAAGACUACCCAGGAGAAAGCUGUCUAACCCGCCACCCAUGGCGCCCCCAAUGGCGUACCCAACGAAGAAACCGAAGCAGGAUGCUCAGCCGACGCCACUUAACCCUACCUCGAAUACUAGCGCGAGCAGUGUGCCGGUUGAGACGCUCUCAGUUAAAUCUUCCAGCAGCACGGCCGUGGCCCCUUCAGCCAGCGAUGUUGACCCUUUGCAAAGCAUCGAAUCUGCGACUCCUCCAACCGCAACAAUCAGCAAUAGCGGCGAUGGUAGCAUUCCAGAUGUCACCAGUGGACCUCAUGUCGCCGAAGGUCAUCAACUCCCCAGCAAUUUCCAUCUUCCCCAAACGGCUGAAAACCCCACCAAUUCCUACUGCACCAGCCUCCCGCCUCAACCCGAUUACACCCAGAACAACGACAUGGACGCAGCCAACGUCGAUGCCAACCCCGUCCAACAACACGAUUUCGGCAUCAACCCCGCCGACUUCUACAUCCCCCAACCCGUUGCACCCCAAGACUUUGCCGCUUCCUCCACGCCUCACAGCAGUAACUUUGAGGACCUAGGCUUCGGCAACAUCACCCAGAGCGACUUUGGCGACUUUGGCGAGAUGUGGAGAUGGUCCCAGCUGGAUCUCACCUACACUCCGCAGUUCAUGUGCCAGAACUCGCCACAGCAACCAGGCAAGGGCCAGGGUCAAGGCCGGGAUCAGCAGCAGUGACAUCUUUGGGCAUCGCAUCGAAUGUGAUCUUAUUAUGUUUCAUUUCGGAGAACCUGACGUUUCGGAAAAUAGCAAGGUCUACAAGGCCCUUUUGGCUGGUAUCUCAUGGAUCAUUGUGAAUUCAGGGAUGUACGUUAAUAAACAUGUCAAUUUCCCGGUGUCCCUUGCGAACUCGGUUGGCAUUUCUGAGAGACACCUCUCCGUCAACAUGUCUGGCUCAAUAAUGGGGCGAGCUCAUCUCUGGGCUCCUCUUCCGCCGGGUCUCAAUCGUCCCAAUACUCACAACGGGACCACCAACGCCAGUGCUAACGGAGCCCAGGUGAUAACAACCUCCGCC